AUGUCAUCACCGAAGGAUUACGUUUUAGAGGUACUGCCUUCGUCAGAUCGUGACAACUUGAUAAAAUUCACGGUCAAGCAUAAACCAAAUGGCUUCUUCAAGUAUUUACAAAUACCGAUUUUGGUUGGUUUGGCAGGUGUGUUGGUGAGUUUUUGCUUCUGUUUAUUUAGCAAUGGCGAUCUGAUAAUAAAGAGACUCAGUAAUAACAAUUUGCCACUAAUCCAACAUAACCAAACGUUUUCGCCGGCGAUCGUGAAACUUUUUCAAGACUACAUAGACUCCAAUGAUACAGAAACAAAUAGCCUCUUGAUGAAUGGUGUUGUUGUCGCCAUAUUAGUGUUACUGAUGGUUAUAGUGUACAGCAUACAAGAAAAGGAGGACAGCAUAUUGAUUAUGAACGACGUUGGAAUCCAGCUCAAUUCGCAAUCGGGAUGGAAGUUUUCUCUUAACGGCAACAAAAGCCAUUUCAUCCCAAUCAGCAACAUUAUCGAUUUAGUCAUACAUGAGGGAUUUCAUGGAUAUGGCCAAGUUGUCUUCUACAUGUGUGUGCUAACGAAAACCAAAAAUGCAACCCCUGACAAUAUAAGUGGACUCACCUUGAAUAAUGAUAAGAUGAUAAAGAUCGUAUUUCCGCAAUUUCUUCCUAGAAAAGAUAUCCUCAUGAAAGUAUGGAAAGACAGCAGACGCGUACUUUUUGGUGAAUCAAAGAGGUAUUGGAGGCGAGUCCCCGGUCAAGGUUUAAAAGAAUGUUAUCAACACUAG